GUGUACAAUUUUAGCGCACGCUUUACCGUCAGUCUCUUUCGGAAUUUGUUGUCUUGCAAAGCGCGUAGCGUUGACUGCCGGUGCACCGAGCAUAGACUUUUCAGUCGGAACAUCUUUUUGUACGGUAUUGUUUAUGUGUUAGCGAUCGUUUGCUGGAAAGAAAACGCCGAACCAAGUGUGCAGUUGCAUUUAGUGCCGUCGUUUGUGCUGUUUAGAUUUGGCAACUGGUGAAUAGCAAGAAAAAACAAGUUAAAACCACAGCGAGCCCAUUGCCCAACCCUCAAAGAAAAGCGUUUCAAUAAUUUCCAACACCCUCGGCUGGAUUAAUCACUAUCAAUCGUUGGUGACACAGGACAAGUUUCGAGUCAAGCAGCAAUGUCGGAUCCGGUUGAAGUAGAGCAAAUGUCUGAGACAAAGCCGCGUAAGAUGGCGUUACCAACUUCGCUUGAUAAGGAUGCUAUUCGCGAAGCGUACGAGGACGUCCGCUCGAAUCUGAGCGAUCACGAGUGGGCCGUGUUCAAGUUUGACGGCCUGAAGAUCGUUUGCUCGGCCAAGGGCCAGGGCUUCGACGAGUUCUGUGGUGAGUUCCACGAUGACGAGCGCGCGUUCGGUUACAUCCGGAUACAGAUGGGCGACGAGAUGUCGAAACGCAGCAAGUUCCUCUUCCUGACCUGGAUCGGACCGGAAGUGGGCGUUAUGCAGCGCGCCAAAAUGUCAACGGACAAAUCAAUCAUCAAGGAUGUGAUUAAUAACUUUGCCGUGGAGCUGCAGGUGGAAACGAGCGUCGAUCUGGAUCUGGAGAUGUUUAAGGCGCACCUCAACAAAGCGGGUGGUGCUAACUACGGGACGGGUGUGCGGGAGCUGUAAGGAUAUAGCUACACGCCAAACGAUACAUGGUGCGAUACAGGCGAAUAGAGAUAGAGAGAGAGAGAAGGAGAGAGAAGGAGAGAUGCGGGUGGAUGAUGAUAGGGAUGCUCUAACAAAUCGCUGUAGAAUGUGAUCUGUGCCAGACGGCUGCCUGCCUUUGCCAUUCCAUAGAUUCACAAUUCAAUCAACCGAAACCCCCUUUAGGAUGUAGUGUGAGAGCACAGGUUUACGAUAGUACUCAGGCCAACAUGUAAGGUUAAUGGGUUUGUUUUGUGAUAAUAACACAAUAGUAAAUCUGCACAUUUCUAAUGCCCUGGUACGAGUAACGUUUGCGUAAUGGAAACUUUCCGUCUCGCUUUUGCCGGUGACCGUUGCGUGGAGUAGCGAAAAAUGUCCAUCCGCAACCCGCCAACAGAUAGAAUUUAACAUGAGUUAUUUAAAUAUUUAAUUUUACGCUUGUAUGCUUUUCGUGUAUUUUGUUUUCUUCGUACACUUUCGUCAGAUCAAUUAUUGUAGUGCACAAACAAAAAUCGUUAUCAGUAAUAUUAUGAUUGGCCUUGAGCAUUAUUUUAAACAUCAUUUAUUGAACAAUCAUUUGUCAUUCAUCGCACCUCAUGUGUGUGUGUGUUUGUUUUUUUUGUUAC